UUUAUUAUGAAAAAGUUCUUAAAGACCUAUCAAAAAAUAUUUUUCUUACAAAUAUUAUUUGCCAUUUAUGGCCAUUGUAAUAAUAUUCAUUUAGAGAAAAUUUCUGACCUAUACGUACCCUUUUCAUAUACUGAGGCUGGAGCGCCGGUUUUCACUUUAGUUGGGGGAGCCGCUGAGCAACUCGCUUACGAUCCGCAGGAUAAAAUUGUAUAUAUAGUUGGAGCGUCCAAACUCAACGUUGUGGACAUAUCCAAUGUUGACAAGCCAGAAAUUCUCUUCCAUGAGAUUCUGGGAGAUUUUGAUCCCACUGACGUAGAAGUCUGUGGAGAUCACGUGUUUGUCGCCUUGGAUAAUAAUCAAAAUAGAGAGGCGGGGAGAGUGGUCGUCUUCAAGAAGUAUGAUAAAAAGUAUAACACAAUGGAGGCCGUUCUAAAUAUUACAGUUGGUCCUCUACCAGAUAUGCUACUGCCUUCCUCAAACUGCAGCACUGUUCUAAUUGCCCUGGAGGCGGAGGCAUUUGCCAGAGACGGCAAAUUAGUGGACCCAGAGGGUGGUGUGGGGUUGCUGAAGUUCCAUGGUCAAAGCACCUCAGCCUCCCACUAUUCGUACAAAAGGCUGAAUUUUCACAAUUUCAAUGAUAGGUGGGCUGACUUAUCAAAAUCCGGUGUACGCUUUAUCUAUAAAGAAAAUAAUAAUACGUUCUCCCAGGAUUUAGAACCAGAAUAUAUCACUUACAGCAAAGAUGAAAAGAAAGCUUACAUAUGCCUUCAGGAAAACAAUGCAAUAGCAGAAGUAGAUUUAGAAACAGCGAACAUAACAGCAAUUCAUGGGCUUGGUUUUAAAAACUGGAGAAAUGCUAAACUGGAUGCUAGUGAUAAAGACCAUGGAAUUCAUAUCAGACCUUUGCCUGUGUUUGGGAUGUAUCAACCUGAUUCCAUUCAUAUUAUGGAUUUUAAGAAUGUUGAAUACCUCAUCAUGGCUAAUGAGGGCGACAUUAAGGAUUAUUCAGAAUACCCUCUGCAUAUGACUGGUUUCAGCGAAGUGGUGCGAGCCAAGGAUAUUACGCUAUCAAAUAAUUCUGAUGUAAUUACGUGGGCAAAAGAGAAUAACAUAAGGAAUAUCAUGGACGAUUCAAAUUUAGGAAGGUUGCACAUUACAAAAGAGAGUGGUAGAUUGCCGGAUGGCACCUUUGAUAAACUGUACACAUUUGGUGGACGAGGCUUCUCCAUUUGGAGAGCUGAUACAAUGACCAAAGUUUACGACAGUGGGAGUAGCGUAGAGGAUACACUAUCACAAUCAAGACCCGAUCUCUUUAACGCAGAUGCAAAAAAGAUUCACAAAGUUGUAAAAAACACGAUGGAUAGUAGAUCGGAUGACAAAGGUCCGGAAAGUGAAAGUAUUGCAGUAGCUCACGAAGGCAACAGAAUUAUAGUUUUCCUUGGCAAUGAGCGUCCAGGUUCUAUCAGUAUAUACUCAUUCAAUGGAGACAUAUCCACGCCACAUUUCGAAAGUGUUUUCUGGAAUAUACCAAACUCGGAGGUCCCGUGGACAGAGGCUUUUAACCAACAGACCAUAAGUUGUAUAGAUCCAGAGGACAUAAAAUACAUUCCUCCUCAUCAAAGUCCAAAUGGUCGUCCAUUGUUAUUAGUGGCCGGGUCUGUCAGUGGUACUCUCUCCAUACUAGAAAUCAAAGGCACCAACAUUCCUAUACAAAAAGUUUUAGGUUAAUUAAACGUAGUUUGGGAGUUGUGAAUUUUAUUAACUUUUAGAGAAAAGUUUGAAUUAAAUCCUUACUUUUGUAUUGUGAAGAGGAUGACUUCAUUGACCAAAAUUCUUUGUUACUACGACUGUUUUAGUAAUAUGUGACUUUUAUACUUUUUUUUAUUAUUUCAUGCAAUAUAAUGUGAGCUCUUUCACACCAGUGUCUUUUCUUAUUUUAAAAUUAUCUAACGGAAACGGCUAAAUAAGUGAAGUUUGUCAAACUUGUUUCCAAAUCCAGUAUUAUGAAAAAAUACAUAUACAUGUAGUUUUGUACUA